AUGGCAGACAGCGAGAACCCACUGCUCAAGGCGUUGCCACCAGAGACAGACUACCUCUCCUACCUCACCAUCCUCGAGUACAAUCUCACGGCCGAGCAGCUCCCUACUCUACACGACAUCCUUCAAGACACCACACUUACUGCCAACAUUGGAUGGGAUCUGGUCCACUUGUUGCUUCCCCUGCUUCCUGCGUCACAUCAAUGUAUACAGGAUGUAGCACGUUUAGGCAAUCCGAGGGAGGUGGUGUUAAAGGUGACUGAACUCUUGGAAGCAUUCGGAGAAGAAGAGGAAGCGGAGGACGAAGAGGAGAGUGAGGACAUUGAGGAAUUAGAAAAGCUGAAAGAGCCUGGAGUAAGUGAAGACGAUGCCCGUGAGGAUGAUGUUCAAGAUGGCGAGAAUGUGGCCGCAGAAUUCACCACUUCUGAAGGGCCGUCUAGGCCUCCAUCAAAGGGCGUCAAAUUCACAGCUUUACUCGAGAUGCUUUCAGUUCUCCACCCGCGCAUCAAGACCAAAUACCCAAGUCGCUUCCUAUCGACAUCCCUACAGGCCAUUCUACCAGCCUACUCGCAAGUAGCUAGGACUACGGAAGCAACAGAAGCCGUGUUAGGAUUCAUCAAGGCUCUGUCUGGAACCAGGAGGCCUAAGUUGCCGCCUCGGAAGAGUAGCGUCAUGAUACCUACACAAGCAACUCCUGUCUCUGCGCCUGAUCCGGAAGGCCAAGACGAAGCUUUGGGGGUGGACGAGAAAGGUUUGCAGUCUCGACUGUUGCAGUCCUUCCUAACCUACGUUACCGAAGCCUACAUGAGUUCAACUGCGCUGGAUGAGGAUGUCCCGGGUCUGGCCUGGUCUAGCAGAUAUCAAGAGGAGCUACAUCCUGAGAAAAUUAUUCCGGGACGGCGGACGUACGGUAGUCUGUUCGUGGAGGAAGAGCAUCUGCAUGAACGAGACACGAUCACGGGCCAUAUCCUGUCACUCGCUCGAGACCUCAAGCUUGGUGCAGAAGAAUUGCUCUCGACCAUCACAAAGCCAGAUGAAUUAGACUUGGAUGAAGAGCAGGAGCUCCCAUCUUCCGCAUCUGACGUUCCCUUGUCGAAGACAGGCUCGAUGUUCAUCUUGGCAACAAUGGCAGCCUCAUCCACCCUUUUCGACGCUCCAGCAUCUUUGCCAUCUUUAAGCCUCGUUCCAGACUUCGCAGGCAUACUCGCAAGCUCGCUCGGUGAUUCGGCGACUGGCAGUACUGGGGCAGAAUCAGAACCACUCAUCGAUGCAGUCCUCUUCCUAGGUUUCCUCAUCAUCGGUUCGCAACCAAAUGUCCCGGCGGGAGCUGAUAAUGACCACGUUUUCAACAAUGUUCUCCAACGACUUUCUCUGCUUUCCGCAAAUAUGCCAUCUCCUGUCCUACGAUACCAUGCCCACCUCCUGACAUCAACGAUACUCCAUCUCAAUCCUUCAGAAGACUCCCGUCUGGCAUUCAUACGAGAUACACUGGAGCACUGCCCCUUCGAAAAUCUCAAAGCAAGCGCCAUCGGCUGGUUGAAGGAUGAGAUACUUGCGGCUGAGAAAGCUGAACGGAGCAAGGACGAGCCGGAUGCAGAGGAUUCAAUAUUCGCAACAUCCGCUGCGCUGAACAGCCUUGCACCGUUCAUCUUUCCGAACCCGGAGAAGCUUAUGGAAGGCCAAUCUAUUACGGGCAGCUAUGCCACGUUUCAGGCACAUCAGCCGUUCUAUCUCGCUGUCCUCAACCUUCUCUAUCUACUCCUCUCGUCUACCACACUAUCUAGCCGUCUACAAAUGGCCGAAGUAGCGAAGCAGAACGAAUUACCCAGGUUUCUGGACUCCCUAUUGCAAGCUGCGAAGAAAUUUCAGAGUAGCCUCUCAAACGACGAAUUGGAGUAUGGAGAUGAGCAAGGAAGGAACGACGGGUUUUUAGUUAUGGAGCUUAUGGAGAUGGCAGUGGGGCAGGCUCAGCAUGCACUUUCGAAAGUUGGAAUGAAGGACCUGGAAGCUUGA